GCUGAUCCGGUGUCACUUGAUGGCUUAGCGAGACAGACAACAAAAACAGCGGUGAUACAUUUGACGAUGUCGGAUCAGGCCAGACGCGUGGCGGUGAUUGGGGCAGGUAUAUCCGGGCUUUCCACUCUCAGAAGUCUCCUCGCUUCGGAUCGGAAGUACAUCCCAACAUGCUUUGAGAGAGGAAAUGACGUAGGCGGGGUAUGGCUGUAUAACGAGAACACCCACACGGACGAGGACGGGAUGCCUGUGUUUACCAGCAUGUACCGUGACCUAAUAAGUAACUUACCAAAGCCGAUGAUGGAGUUCCCAGAAUUCCCCAAUACGGAUCCGGAUACAGACUCGUCCUUCAUGCCCAGACCGGAAGUUAUGAACUACAUCAAACGGUUUACAGAACACUUUGAACUCCGCAAAUACAUCCUGACUCACACAUUUGUCACCAACGUAAGCCCGAAAAGCGAUGAGAGACAUCCCGAAUGGACAGUGUCCUAUUACGACAUUCGGAACAAAGAGGAACAGAAGCAGGCCGUGUUUGAUGCUGUAUUUGUAUGCAACGGUCAUCAACAUACACCAAAUAAACCGGAUAUUGACGGAGCAGAAAAGUUCCAAGGGGAGAUCACCCACAGCAAAAACUACAGAGUUCCUGAGAAGUUUAUAGACAAGAGGGUUGUUAUACUCGGAGCCUCCUUCUCAGGGACUGAUAUCGCUAUUGACAUAUCUCCAUGCGCUAAACAGAUUUUUCUGAGCCAUAACAAAGAUCGUUUCAAAUCUGUUUUCCCUGGAAACAUCACUGAAAAGCCGGGGAUAAAGCGGAUGACUCGUACGACGGUCAUCUUCUUGGACGACACCGAGGAGGAAGUAGAUGUUUUACUUUUCUGUACCGGAUAUCGUUACAACUUUCCGUUUCUAGGUGAUGACGUCAUCAGCGUUACGAACAACAGGGUCAUGCCUCUUUAUAAGCACGUGGUCAAUAUAAAAUAUCAAAAUCUAUUCGUUAUUGGCAUUCUUGAUCAAGUACCGUUUUUCCCAAUGGGACACCAGCUGUCAAGAUUUGCCGUCGCCAUAUUGGAUGGUGAAGUCAAUCUUCCGUUAGAAAUAGAAAUGUACGCAGACGCUGAGAGCGAUUUUAAUGGCAGAAAAGAAAGAGGCGAAAAGGCCCACGCAAGUAAGGAUAAUGAACGCAUAUGGAAAUUUGAUCGAGAGCUGUCUACGUUGGUAGGAAUCCGUCCAUCAUCCAAAGCCUUCCAACUCAUCCGUGGUUUUAUUUACCACGAUAUCAUGUACAACAUAACUACUUUCCGCCGAAGAAAAAUUCAAAUUUCAGAUGACCGGGAAUCGUUUAAAGUUUUGAAUUAGCAAACGAACAAACCCAAGAAAUAUCUGUAGUGGAGUCUUUGUACUCCUCUGUUUCAAUGACAAGUGUGCAGUGAGGUAUAAGAAGGAGACCACUCAACUUUUUCUCUACAUAUUAAAGUUUGUGUUCUCUCCAAUUAAAUAUCCCACUUAGUGGAGGGUGUAUCUAGUUGUCCCUUUAUAUGUGCGUCAGUCCGUGAAUCUUUAAUAACAAGUUUGUGGACAAGAUAUCUCAGGACACUUUCCACAGACAAAAUUCAAGUUUUAUUAUAAAUAUUACUAUACUUCCCUAAGUUUUAUAAAAAUGCAGAAUUUAUUUGCUAUUUGCAUUUUACAAGUACUACCGAAAUAGAAGACUAGAAAAGCUGUUAGAAAAUAAAGAUAAUUGAUUUGUGAUCCUUGAGUGUAUUGUUGUCCGCCAUGUACAAUGAAUGUUAUACAGCGUACACACAUGAUCUCUUGUAACAUACUUCGUAUA